AUGCAAUGUUAUAAGCUCAUCGGUCCCCCUCUACUACUCGUUAUCGGAUUAGUGGUUUAUAAUGAGUAUUAUAUAUUUUACAGUGCCAUAUCUCAUUGUAAUUGGCCAUGUGAACACGGAAGAUGCUCUGAAACUAGUCUAAAAGCUUUCAUGAUCUCCGACACACAUUUACUAGGGAAAAGAAAUGGUCACUGGUUAGAUAAGUUGAAAAGAGAGUGGCAAAUGUAUCAAUCGUAUCAAAUUGCUAAAUGGAUUCUAAAUCCGGAGGUUGUAUUCUUCUUAGGAGAUUUGAUGGAUGAAGGAAAGUGGGCUGAAAAAUCAUUGUUCAGUUCGUAUGCUAACAGAUUCCGGCAGCUAUUUGGAGAUGAUAAGAUGGUUAUCACAUUGGCAGGAAACCAUGAUAUCGGUUUUCACUAUGCUGUGAUGCCUGACACUCUGGACAUGUUUCGAAAAGAAUUUCAGCGCGGGCUUAUCGACGAUAUUCAAAUAAAAAACUAUCGUUUUGUUCUGAUAAACUCAAUGGCAAUGCACGGAGAUGGAUGUAGAUUAUGUCAUGAGGCUGAAGUAGAACUUGAUCGAAUCAAAAAUCGAUCAUCCAAAACUCGGCCAAUAGUACUGCAACAUUUCCCCCUUUACAGAAAAUCUGAUGCUGUCUGUGAAAAAAUGGAUGAGCAGCAUGUAGUUGAUCUGAAAGAGAAAUAUCGAGAACAAUGGGAUACACUUUCUAAGGAUUCCACCAGGAAGUUGAUUAGUACACUAAAUCCAAUAGCGGUUUUUGAUGGGCACACUCAUAAAAUGUGCAAGAAGAAAUGGAAGUCGUCUCAAGCGCCUGGGUACUUCUACGAGUAUACUGUAAAUUCAUUUUCCUGGAGAAACGGGGACGUUCCAUCAGUUCUGUUAGCUGUGAUGGAUGGCGAGGAUGCGUUUGUGAACAGUUGUCGUCUGCCAUCCGAAGCUCAGCAAAUUAAGGUAUACGUCGUUGGCGGAUUAUCUAUUCUUAUCCUCGCUAUCACUCUUAUAAUUAGACGACGAUCAAUUUUCAAACGUCGAUGUUCCUAUUCUCUCUUAAUGUACAGAUCUCCUGAAAAAUGUGAAUAA